UGGUGUGCGGGGACAAGUCCAGCGGGAAGCAUUACGGCCAGUUCACCUGCGAGGGAUGCAAGAGCUUCUUUAAGCGCUCCGUGAGGCGGAACCUGACCUACACCUGCCGGGGGAACCGAGACUGCCCCAUCGACCAGCACCACCGGAACCAGUGCCAGUACUGCCGGCUGAAGAAGUGCCUCAAAGUCGGCAUGAGGAGGGAAGCAGUACAACGAGGACGAACCUCCAACUCCCAGAGCAGCCCGGGCCAGUACCUGACCAACGGUACCGACCCGUACAACAACCAGCCCUACCUGUCGGGCUUCAUCUCCCUGCUGCUGCGCGCCGAGCCCUACCCCACGUCUCGCUACGGCGCUCAGUGCAUGCAGGGCAACAACCUGAUGGGCAUCGAGAACAUCUGCGAGCUGGCCGCCCGGCUGCUGUUCAGCGCCGUGGAGUGGGCCAAGAACAUACCCUUCUUCCCCGACCUGCAGCUCAUGGAUCAGGUGGCGCUGCUACGCAUGUCCUGGAGCGAGCUCUUCGUCCUGAACGCCGCCCAGUGCUCCAUGCCGCUUCACGUGGCGCCCCUGCUGGCCGCCGCCGGCCUGCACGCCUCACCCAUGUCCGCCGAGCGCGUCGUGGCCUUCAUGGACCACAUCCGGGUCUUCCAGGAGCAGGUGGAGAAGCUGAAGGCCCUGCAGGUCGACACCGCCGAGUAUUCCUGCCUCAAGUCCAUCGUGCUUUUCACUUCUGAUGCUAUGGGGUUGUCGGAUGUCGCCCAUGUGGAGAGCAUUCAGGAGAAGUCCCAGUGUGCUCUGGAGGAGUACGUCAGGAACCAGUACCCCAGCCAGCCCAACCGGUUCGGACGCCUCCUCCUGCGUCUCCCCUCUCUGCGUAUCGUCUCCUCUCCGGUCAUCGAGCAGCUGUUUUUCGUUCGCCUGGUGGGCAAGACGCCCAUCGAGACAUUACUGCGCGACAUGCUGCUGUCGGGCUCCAGCUACAACUGGCCGUACAUGCCCACCGUGCAGCGCGAGCGGCCCCUCUCCCUCCAUUACAACGAGAACGGACCAUGAGGUGAAGCCGGACGUCCUUCUUUCCUCUCAUUACCUUCAGCCUCACCUUGCUUUGGCUUUCCCAGAGGAAGCCCCGCCCUCACCAUUCCACUCUUCAAGUCAAACCCAUCCCAGUCGUUCAUUACCCACACAGACCCUCGGUAGCACCAUGAAGACCCUGGUGUAGGUUUGAGACGUGGCACGAGCUGGACAGGUUGGUAGGGGAGGUUAGCGCACAGUUCACCAGCAGGUCUGAUGGACUCACUUCACAUGUCCGUCUCAAAACUGCAAACACAAAACGUUUUGGUGCUACCUUUACAGGGUAUGGCAAAAACAAACUGAGGACUCUGCAGCCAAGAGCAGGAAGUGUAUAUUUACUAACUCUUUUUUUGAAAACCAGAAGCCAUUAAAAAAAAAGACAAAUGCCAAAAUGUCUUUUACAGAGGACAUGUUUUACUGCGUGUUUGUUUUAGCAUUGUUUAUACGGAGAGGAAACUUAUGAUUGUGUCCAAAUGUACAGGAUAUCAUUGAUUCACAGGCAUCUUAAGUCAUUUUUGGGUUCUCUCCAAACAAAGCUCAGGUUCAGAAGGAUGGGUAGGCGGACAUGUCAGGAUCAGCACAAAAAGACACACUCAGCAAAUUCUCCACUUAUCAGAAACCAGUGCCAAAGCUGACAAAUGCAUUUUGUUUGGAUUCUACUUGUGGCAGUGUUGAUGACCUACAAUGAGGUUUUGGUUUUGUCUAUAAUUUGACUUGUUUUGGAGUCUCAGGAGAGUUUAUAUAUAUAAAUAAAAUACAAAUUAAAGCUUAGGCACUUGCAUUAACUAGUCAAACCCAACAGUUAUUCACUGUAAAAUCACAGCACUGGUAGGAUUCUACCCUUACCCCGUUUAAUAAUAAUUUAAAGAAAAGUAUUACUAAUUCAAGACUUCCCUCAUGAUGCUAUCACAAGAGGCAGUCUCACAGCUCACUGUCUUUGUUUUGUUUUUGUAAUGAUUGUCAAUAUUGGACCUUUUUAGACAUUAGGCGAGAUGCUUGUGCGGGAGGUAGAAGGGCGUUUUUUAUUUUUGCAAAAAUUAGCUGUAUUUGCCUUAGAACAACGAUUUGUCACUGAGCAUUUAUCUUAUGACUGUGCCAUAAUCUCUCGUUACCUGUUAUAACAGGUAUUAUGUCCCGUCAGGAAUGGAAAGAGGCUCACAUGAUGCUGAACUGCAACGUGCACUGGAUUAAAAACACGCAGAGGAGUUUUUUAUGCAAUCAGUAGAAAAUGUAAAGAAUCGCUGAGAUUGGAAAUGUCCGCUUCGACGUCGGCUGCACUUUUAGACAUUGUGCAAGUUCUUUUCCACCUCCUGGUGAAAUUGUUGUGUAGGGAAAUCCCCUAAACUCGUGUCAUUUGAGCUUAUCGUAUGGAUACCAUAGAGUAAUGUAUCACUAACCUCUGAAAACCUCAGUCUAUGUUGCAACAUUAUUCCCAUUGGACUUAGGACUGUGUUUUAGUGUAGGACUUGUUUUUCUCCCCACUCUUUUUAUUUUUUUUAUUGUUUGUGUCACAUUUCCAACAUGACGUCGUCAUAUCAGUGUCUGGUAUGAGUUUAGCCUUCUGGGACCUGAGAAAGCGUCUGUUGGUAAAUAAAUUCACAGAACGAUUCUAUGAGUUUGUUUUUACGCCCAUUUUUCUUUUGUUUGAAAAUUCAGAUUAUCCAUUAAUUGAAAUAAAAUUUUGUUCACACUAA